ACGCAAUCGGCGCAUGAGGGGCAGCGGAGAGACAGGGAGGGCAGAGUGGAGAGGACCGGGGGGGGGGGGGGCAGAAGGGCAAUGACAAGCUGCGACUGCCUGCCGUGAAACACGGUCAUUCACAAACCUGCGACAGGGGGUUGUCACGAGCAAAGAGGCCCUCCCUCCCCUGGGCCUAUGUGACGGAACGAGAGGCGUGUCGGGUGUCCUGGCAAGACAACGGAGCCAGCGACCGGGACCAGGUGGCAGGGCGGAGGCGAGGCAAAGGGGGCAUCCGUAACGAAGUCAGGAGAGUUCAACGGAUCCCCCCCCCGCGAGUACCUGGCACGGAGAGUCCGUUACCGGCCGCGUUCGGCCAGCCAACCGCGUGCGCGGGCGGGGGCGCGCGCUGCCCCGCGGCUCCCGCUCGCCUUCGGUGACAUUGUCAGAUUCUCGCCACGUCGUGUUUUACCGAAGCGGAGAGACGUGGCGCCUAUCUCGGUAGAUGUUUAGUACAGAGAAGGCGGCCCUGGGGGCUGGCGGCGGCGGCGGCGGCGGUGGUGGUUCCAGAAGGAGCUCGGCCUCCCCGAGCGAAAGGGGCUCGGCGGCGGCGAAGAACAACUGCAGCAGCCCCAGCUCAACGCCACCCGCGGAAUCGGUGCGGAUCGUCCGCGAAGAGCAGCGGCAACCUCACCCAGAAGCUGGCAAGGUUGUGGAGGGUUUGCUGAGCAAAUAUACCAAUUUGAUUCAGGGCUGGCAGAACAGGUAUUUUGUUCUGAACUGCGAGUUGGGCGUACUGCAGUACUUUGUAAAUGAGCAGUGCAAAGGUCAGAAGCCGCGAGGAGUUCUAUAUUUGUCUGGUGCAGUGAUCUCGUUCAGUGAUGAAGUUUCUCACAUGUUUAUAGUUCAAGCUGCCAGUGGUGAACUGUAUAAACUCAGAGCGGGAGAUGCCAAAGAGAGAUUCUACUGGGUGAACCAGCUUCAGGCUACUGCCAAGCACCACACAGACAAUAAUGCCAAGAUUACUCCUUCAGUAAGGGCUAGAAGUUUAUCUUUACUUCCCUCUGGAGCAUCAAACUCGGCAACUCCUGGGAGUCAGAAGCACCUCACGCAUAGUGGACCAGGGAUUGUCACCAUUACGCACCAUAAGUCUCCCGCAAUUGCACGGCGUGCCAAGAAUCAAUGUCCAGGACACCUUCUAGAUGUUAAAGAGAUGAUGAGCCAGGCAGAAGGACAAAUGAAGAAUCUUGUGCAUUCAAUAGAAUCUCUCCCACCUUCUGGACCUCUGUCUGCAUUGGAUCAAGAUUUGCUUCUUCUGAAAGCUACCUCAGCUGCUACCAUGAGCUGCCUUGGUGAUUGCUUGAGCAUUCUACAGCAUAGCGCACAGCAAACAGCCCAGCACAACAAAAGAUUAUCAACAGAUAGUACAUCAGGAUGGCAAGGACCAAGGUCACGUUCGGCUGAGCAACUGAAGAAUGGAAAUGUGUGUUCUUCACCUUCUUUGCCUUCAACGAACGUAAACAUUGUGUGGUCUGGAACACCUAAUCAGGUCAACCAAGCACUCCAGCAGUCCUCUGAGCAUCAAUGUCCUGAAGUUAUAAAUCAUGAAGAUGAGAUAACAGAUAAUGAAGACAAUGUGGAAGAAGAUUUAGGAGUUAUGGAUGAGCAACGGAGUGUUAUAUUACACCUUCUUUCACAACUGAAACUUGGCAUGGACCUCACUAGGGUAGUGCUUCCUACAUUUAUUUUGGAGAAGAGGUCAUUGCUGGAAAUGUAUGCAAAUUUCAUGGCCCAUGCAGACAUGUUUGUGUCGAUCACAGCAGGUACCACAGCUGAAGAACGGAUUAUCUGCUUUGUGGAGUUUUACCUGACUUCAUUCCAUGAGGGACGAAAAGGAGCAGUGGCAAAAAAACCUUAUAAUCCAAUAAUAGGAGAAACAUUCCACUGUUCUUGGAAUGUGCCAAAAGAUGCAGUAAAAUCGAAUGAAGACAACAGUAUUUCAACCAUUGCCAAGGAGCAGCCCAAGAUCAAACAUGCUUUUGACUCUGGCAAGGAUCUUACAGAGUUCUACAAAAUGAGGUUUACAGCAGAACAAAUUUCCCAUCAUCCACCAGUUUCAGGUUUUUACUGUGAAUGCAAGGAGAGGAAAAUGUGUGUAAAUGCACACGUGUGGACCAAGAGCAAAUUCAUGGGGAUGUCCAUAGGAGUCACGAUGGUAGGAGAAGGUGUCCUUCACCUUGGAGAACAUGACGAGGAAUAUGUUUUUACACUGCCUUGUGCCUACGCACGUUCCAUCCUGACAGUCCCCUGGGUAGAACUGGGGGGUAAAGUCAAUAUAAGCUGUACCAAGUCUGGAUACUCUGCCACUGUCACAUUCCAUACCAAACCUUUCUAUGGAGGAAAGGUCCACAGAGUUACAGCUGAAGUAAAGCAUAAUCCUACCAACACAAUUGUAUGCAAGGCACAAGGGGAAUGGAAUGGAACCCUUGAAUUCACAUACAGUAAUGGUGAAACAAAAGUGAUUGAUACAACCAAACUGCCAGUAAUAAGAAAAAGAAUUCGACCCAUCCAAAAGCAAGGAUUGUUGGAAUCAAGGCAUCUCUGGGAACUAGUGACCAAUGCACUGAAAGUGGGUGAUAUAGAUGCAGCAACAGAGAACAAGCACCUUCUGGAAGAGCGGCAGAGAACUGAGGAGAAACUGAGAGCAUCAACAAACACUACCUGGAAACCAAAGUAUUUCAUUAAAGAGGGAGAUGGCUGGAUGUACUAUAGUCCCAUCUGGAAGGCACACUGUUGACAGUUUGAACUUGACUGCCACCUACCUCAGAUUUCUUCCAAUUUGAAAUUGUCAUCUGAUAAUAAUUCUGAGGUGAUGUUGAAAAUUUAAAAACCUAAUAAGUUUAAAUGUUAACACGAGUGAAUCUGCAGAUGCUGGAAAUAAAUAAAAACACAAAAUGCUGGUGGAACUUAGCAGGCCAGACAGCAUCGAUGGGAGGAGGUAGUGACAACGUUUGACUCCUGAUGAAGGGCUUCGGCCCGAAACAUCGUCACUGCCUCCUCCCAUAGAUGCUGUCUGGCCUGCUGCGUUCUGCCAGCAUUUUGUGUUUUUAAGUAACAAUGUUGUAUGCUUAUGCAAUACAUAUAAAAGAAGCAAAUAUGUUGUGUACCAAAUUAAAAAUACUUCCAGGUUCACCAAAAAAAAAUUAUUCAGUUGUCCUGUAUUCAUGUGAUAUCUGCCUAUGAUUGAAAAGUUAAUAAUGGAGAGACUUUAUUUUAAUGUUGUAAGGUUUUAUAUUUUUCACACUCAAAAGUUUUUCUGCACUUAAAUAAAUGUGCCAUCAGUGUAGACACAAGAUAUUGUUGUGAACUGUGUGACAUCGACUUGGUAAACUGGCAUGCUAUUCAGUAUUUCACAUGGUAUUUAGCCCCACAGCGCAUGCCAACCACUUUUUACUGUAAUGAAUUUCAUUACUUUCAGAAGUUUAAUUAUUAAGCCUAGUUUCUAAAACUCAUCAGAAUGAACAGUGUUUCGCAAAACCUGAGGUAUUGGCUGAGAAACACUGAUCUUUGUAGAUAGGAUACGAAGCUCAACUUUAUAGUUCCUAUAGGCUAAUCAGAAAGGACUGUUCAGUCCUUAUGUGGAAUACAGAUUCAUUAAAUCCAUUACCAAAUACUUAUAAAGUAUGAUAUCCCAAUAUCUCAUAUUGCAUUCAGAAUUCUAGAACUACCAUAAAGAUAAACUAACGAUUUUUAGAAAGUGCCCUUUUUGCGAAAGCAAAGCAAAACAUUUAGCUUUGUUAAUUUUUCAUUUUGUAAUCUUAAGCUUGAAGGUGUAGCUAAUCACAAAAUUAUUCCAUCAGUGGACCUCUCACACUGCUUUUGCUUCCAUGUACUUAUUUACAUUACGCACUUUACUCUCUACAGAUCUAUACACCAGCAAGUCACUAAUGUCAUUGAUAUCAUCUGCCAUCCACAGUGCCUACACAUAAUAAAUGGUGAAUAUAUAAUGAUAAGAAAUGUAUGUAAUUUGCUUCAGAGCAAAUAUAAUUUAGUGGAUCACCUAGCCUAUUCUGAAUUGUAAUCAACUGUUUUUCUACCUAUUCGUAUUCUCCUGAUAACUUUUCACUCUUUUGAUGAUCAAGAAUCUAGCAGCCUCUGCCUUAAACAUCUUAAAAACUCCGGAACUCUCCCUCAUAGUGCAAUAACUCCCGUACCUCCUGAGAUAAGUGUAGCUCAUAAGCAACCCGUUAUUUAUAGUGACCCCCCCCCCCCCCCCACAAACUUCAAGAUUCUUCCCUGCAAGGAAAUAUCCUUUUCAUAUCAUCCUGUCAAGACUCCUCAGGCUCUUGUCUGAUUUACUCAGAUCACUUCUCUCUUUACUUAACCCUAGCAGAUCCAAGCCUAACCUGGCCAAUCUUGCCUCAUGACAACCUGCUCAUUUCACAUAUCAGUCUAUUUAACCUUCUCUGAACUACUUAGAACACAUCAAUAUCCUUCCUAAAAUAUGGUGAUCUAUACUGUACACAGUACUCCAAGUGAUCGUACCAGUAACUGAAGCACACCCCCACUAUCUUUUCUAUUAAAUCCACCCCCCCCCCCCAAACAGGAACAUCUGAUCAGCCUUUGUAAUUACUUGCUAUCCUUUUCUGAACCAUAUUUGCACUGGAACAUAGAUGUGCACCUCAGAGCUCUGCAUUCUCUCACCAAUUAACAUAACUGCAUUUUUGUUAAGGAAAAUAAAUCUUCGGGAAAACCAACUGAUUGCAUAGAGUGUAAGAUCAAAUUCAAAGCAACAAGUUGUCACUGAACAUCAUAAAGCAAUCUUCUGAAAGGAAUAAUUUUUGGAUUUGAUUGAGGAUUGCAUACAAAUGUCAGUGCUUUUGUGUAUUCAAAUCUUUUGUAAUACAUGUGAUUUUUAGUUUCUGAUGGUGUUUACUUUAGUGGUAAGAAUAGAGAACAAUAUUUUUUAAAUGUUAAGGAGCUAGUAAUUGCUGGCAUAUAGUAGGAUCUUACUGUGCUGGUUCAUGAUAUGCAGCAAAUAUAUGCAGGUACAACAAAGAAGGCAAAUGGUAUGUCGCCCAUUACUUUAAGGAGUUUGGAUUAUAAGGGUAAGCAAGUCUUGCGACAGUUAUUGAGCUCUUGAGUACUCUUGUAUUAUAUGCCCUAGAAAUGGGAAGAAGGAAUGAUACUUCACCAGAAGCUUAGGGCAGCCUUAAUAAUGCACUCACAGUAGAAACAGCCUUGUUCAGGAGAGAAGUCUUUAGUGAUACAGUAUAUGGAAUUUUAUAAGGAACAGGCUAAGUGGUCUAGAACUAGAAGUCACUGUCCCACAGUAAAUGACUGGCCAUUUCAGAAUGAUCUACGUAAAGUUUCUUAUUUAGAAAGUUGCAAAUAUCUGAAAUUAUUAAUUUCUGCCAAAGUAAAUGAAUGAACUGAAUGAAAUGAAAGGGAAACUAUAACCCAUGAGCAUUAUGCAAACUAAACAUUACAGUAACAUUUAAUCAGAAAUGGCUUGCCACUUUAAAGAUAUUUUGAAAUACACAAAUUCAGUAAUCAAGUUUUAUGCCUUCUGCUUUGCCUUAGAAAUGAUCGUAAAAUCUAAACACUUGAAUGAGUAAACCAUAAUUCCAGUAUUAAUUUCUACAGUAACACACAGAGCUGAAGGGUCUUUUCUGAAAGGUUGACUCCUUAUUCCUUUUCAUAGAUGCUGCCUGACCUGAUGAAUUUCUCCAACAUUUUGUGUGUACUUUACUCCAGACUUCCAGCAUCUGUAGAAACUGUUGUAUCAUUUUUUUUUGGUAUUGCUUUGCCACAUAUUUGACAGGUUUUAUUUCAUCUCAUUCAAUGCAUACAAUGAAAAGUUUAAAGUCAUGCAAAAUCAAACUGAGUAUCUACCAGAGACUGAAAGUAUAGUUGUUUUGAUUAUCAUCUGACAAUGCAAAGUGAUUAUUUUGGUAGGUUUGGUUUUUUUUAAACUAAAAUUAAUUUUAUGAAUAAUAGAUAUUGAGAUGAUCAGAUCAUUAAAAUUUAUUAAUACACAGGAAUUAAAGAAAAAGCAACUUCUACUGGUCCAAAUGUGCCCAUAAUCCAGCAAAGUUCCCCAUGUUUAAGUAAUGUACACUGAUGCACAUUUUCUAAUGAUCUAGAGAAGUGUCUCUAGUCACCAUAAUUAUAUAAUUCUUUAGUGUGGCAAUGGACCCUGACUUCUCCAUUCUCUUGGCCCAGAGAGAGCUGGGGGAGUCUGCAUAACUUGAAUAGUUCUUCAACUUUUAGUUAUAAUGCAUUGUUCCAUAAAACACUCUUUGCUCUAUCAGCAUAUAGCAAAGUCAUCAGGUGCCUUCUGCAAUGACAGAUAGUAAGUGACACCAGGGUAAAUAUAAACCAUGCCAGUUUCUAUAAAUAUGUAGGUUAUUGACAGAUAUAUAACAACUUUAAUAUUGUUUAAGAUUUAUAUGUAAACUAUCAAUUUCUAAUUGGUUAGCAGUUAUGCAAUGAGAGAAGCUAUGGUGCAAUAAAAAGUAGUAUAAUGAAACAGAUAGUUUAACAUCUACCUAUAACGUUACAAAUUUGAACUUCAGUGGAAUCUGUGGUACACAUUUUGAAAUUUGUGAUAAGCAUUUUGGAACGUGCAUUUCCUUGUGCUGUUAGGUAGUAUUCAGAUUUGAUUUUGGGGAUGGCUGUUGAUUGAAAUCUGAUAUUGAAAUCAGAUUAUAUAACUUGCUCUUUUCAUCUGAUCAAGAAGGUUGUAAUAACCAUGUCAGUUAAUUUCAGACUAGUAAAUGUUUUAAAAUCUGCUCGGGUAAUAAAUACCUAAAAUCAUAAACAAUCUGCCUCUGAAGAAAUUCAAACUGCAUUGGAAGUAAACACUCCCGACAUAGUGGUGCUGGUUGUUUAUUGGGGCAUUAUGUAAGAAAUAGAUGUGGAUAAAUAUUAAAAUUUCUGAAGCUUUGAACUGUUCAGAUAUUCAUUGGCACCAGACAAUAACUCUUUACAGAAAGUUCAAUUGUUUCAAAAGAAGAAACAUAAGAAUGACCUACUGUGUUCAACUGAAGCUUGUUUAAUUUAGUGCAUUACAAAUUGCUACAGAAAUGGAAGAUGCAAUAGUGUCCUUGACUAGAGGUUUAAUUGUUUGAAAGUGCAACAUUUUUCAUUGUUUCUUUUCAAACAUCUAUGGUACCUGUUAAAAUCUUAGCAGCACACCAUCAUGAAAGCUUGCCAAGUCUGAAAUGUCUUAUAUUCAGCCAUAUAUUUUCUAUGACUAAUGUUUAGUUUGUUUUCUAGAACUUUAGCACAAGUAAACGUUCUUUGUCUCAAGAAUUUUGCAUUUAAAACCUUUGACUAAUUUCACAAGGAUUAACCCCAAUACUUCUAUUAUGCCAAUGGAAUGCUUUAACUAACCUGUUCAUUCUUUCCAGCUUUGCAACUCUCUGAUUAGCCAUUAAAUUGUGUAACACUUGUUUGGUAUCUAUGCAACACUUGUAAUAUAACAAAGUAAUUCACAAUGAUAUGAAGAUGAUUUAUAAUUGUUUUGAUUAACUAAUAAAUAUGCUUUGGCAGUGAGAA